CCCAAAGAUCUGCGAGAGAUCAUUGAUGUUCGCUCCGCUUAUCCCGCUGCUCUUUCCCGUCACCGCCUUUCUCUCAUUCCCCUGCAAUGGGCAUGCCCGUCCAUCACCAUCCGGCUUCGUCGCCCAUGCACCCGUACGUCCGUUUCGGCAGCUGCCAUCUUUCCUGAGGGCGACAGGUGACCACACAGACAGCAGCAGCAGCAGCAGCGUUGUGCCACAGGCUGGUCAGAGAGGCUGGGAGGAGAUCCGGAGGGGCGAGCCGCCGUCAUUGCCUCUGUCGAAGCUGCCGCAUGCCGACGCGGUGGACGAGGAUGCCUUCUAUGCGAUGAAUGCCUGGGAGAGAAUGGCACUGGGGCUAUUCAGGUCAGUCAGGGAAUGAGAGAAGCCUUUCAAGAGGGUGUGGGGUGGUCAUGGAUUUGUGUGCGUGUGUUCAGGGAACAGGUGCAGCGGCAGAUCGGCUAUGCGUCGCCCAUGGAGGGCUAUGACGGCCUCAUUGACGAAGCCAAGUGAGCCACACGGACACACAGACACACACAGACACACACGUGCCUGCCACCUGACUGAAUGUGUGUCGUUCGUUCGUUUGUGUCAACAGGCACUUCAUGUUGGUGCAGAAUGCGACCACGUCGCUGCAGGAGGCCAUGGUCCUCAACGUGCUCAGGUCCCUCUCCGGCCCCCUCCUGCCCAUCUUCUUCCGCACAUUCGUCGCGCCGUGGCCGUACGGACCGCUCAUGACGUCAAUCGUGAGCAGCCGAUGUGGGUGGACCUAUAUCUGUGUGUGUGCGAGGGUUGUGUUGUGUGUGGUCAUUCGUGUAGGUGACGCCCCUGCUGCUGUCGUUUCUCGUUGGGCCGGUGGAGGUCAACAGAAGGGAAGACGGCCGGCUGGGGGGCGUCUUGGUCAAGAGGUGCAGGUGAGCACAUACACAUGCCUUCGAACGGACAGACACGAAGGUCUUAAGACACAGAACUCCCUGUGUGUGUGUGGUGUCCCGUGUGUCAACCGACAGGUUUCUGGCGGCGACCAAGUGCAAGGGUCUGUGUCUGAACAUGUGCAAGUCGCCCGCACAAACGUACUUUCGCGACGUACUCGGCCUCGACAUGACCAUGCGGUCAGUCAGUCACCCCCUCCCCCCAUACGCACACACCAACACGCACACGAAUACGUUCGAUUCAUGCGUUUGGUUCCCUCCCCUCCUCUUUGCUGUCUGCAGGCCCAACUUCGCCACGUGUGAGUGUCAGCUGUCGUUUGGCCUGGCCCCGCCGCCCAUAGAGGAGGACGUGUCGGUGCCGAGCGACUGCCUGGGGCAGUGUGGGUGGAAGAGCCAGCUGAUGCAGAGGCCCGGGGAUAGGGAGAUGAUCUGCUCACGCAAGUGAGGGACGUGUGUGCGAGGGGGUGAGGGGGUCGGUUUGUUGAUAGACAGACGAUGGAUGGAUGGAUGGAUGUGAUAAGGUAGGCACUUAGUGAAUGCACAGACGGUACAGAUGUGUGCAGAGAGGGACAUUCAUUUGAGAGAUUGGUGUGUUUUUGAGUCAACCACGGCAUAGGCAGCACUGCACUGCACAGCAACGCAGGUCAGUCAAUGCAAGACAUCGUCUGUCUACUCACAUCAGCCAGCUGCCUAACCACCACCACCCGAGCUGCACACACCAUGCACCACUUACACAAGACGAUUAAAAGCGGUGCAAGCAUUUUGUUU